AUGUAAUAACUGAAUGGCAACGAUGAAACAUCUUCAAUAGAUGAAAACAUCUCAAAAUAUUAUCAAAUAAUAGAGUUCAAAGGCAAAGGAGCCUAUGGGAUAAUUUGGAAGGCUAUAGAUAAAUAAACUAAGAAAAUUGUUGCUUUGAAAAAGGUUUUUGUGAAUAAAUAUCAUAAAGGUUUUUGAUGCAUUUUCAAAUGAUACAGAUGCACAGAGAACAUAUAGGGAAGUGAUGUAUCUAUAACAAUUGACAUAACAUGAAAAUAUUGUGAAAUUACUGCGUGUACAUAGAGCUUUGAAUAUGAAAGAUCUUUAUAUGACAUUUGAAUACAUAGAAUCAGAUCUUCAUAAAGUAUAAUAUCUUUUAAAUAAGGUUAUCCGAGCAAAUCUCCUAUAAAUAUAACACAUUAUUUAUAUACUCUACUAAUUACUUAAAUGCUUAAAAUAUAUUCAUUCAGGAGGAUUAAUUCAUAGAGAUUUAAAGCCUUCAAAUAUAUUGAUAGAUUAAGAUUGCAGAAUAAAGUUAGCUGAUUUUGGAUUAGCAAGAUUGGCAAAUGAAAUAGAUGCAACUACUGUAAUGACUGAAUAUGUAGCAACAAGAUGGUACAGAGCCCCUGAAAUUUUGUUGGGAUCUUCACUUUAUUCAUAGGCUGUAGAUAUGUGGAGUGUAGGAUGUAUUUUAGCAGAAAUGAUAGUGUGUAAAUCAAUUUUUGCAGGAUAAUCAACUUUAAAUUAAUUGGAAAAAAUUAUAGAAGUAAUAGGUAGACCUUCAUAAGAUGAUUUAAAUUAAAUAAAUGCUCCUUUGGCUGAUAAAAUAUUUAGAGAAAUUUAAAAUUCAAGAAAAAGACCUUUAUCAUCAUUUAUAAAAACAUAAGAUGAUAUCAUAGAUUUUAUAUAAAAAUGUCUUACUUGGAAUCCAUCAAAAAGAAUGACAAUUGAUGAAGCCUUUUCUCACACAUUAUUAAAUGAAUUUAGAGGAUCUGAAUCUGAAAUAACAUAUUAAGGUUAAAUAAAAAUUGAUUUGCCAGAGAAUAUAAAAUUUGAUAGAAAAAAAUAUAGAGAAAUCUUAUAUAAAUUAGAUAUCAAUUAUUAAAAAUAGCAAUAUAUAAGAUAAUUAAUUUAGGAAGAUCAUAUUCCAUCGACUCUAAAAAGUAAUACAAGAUUUCCUCAUCAAUAUCAAACAUAAUUUAAACCUGUAAAUAAUGGUAUUGAAAUGAAAUAAGUAAGGAAAUCUAGAUCUUCUAUAAAAUAACAUACUCAACCAUAAUAGUAUCAUUCAUAAGUAGAUAUCUAAAAUUAAAUACUCAUAAGUUAAUCAUUAUAAUAAUAGAAUUAAUAUCUUAAUAAAAAUAAAUAAUGGCAAAAUCGUGUUAAAACUUUACCUGAAAAUCAUGUUGAGAAAAUAGUUCCAAAUGAACCUAAAAGUCCUAUCAGAGGUAGAUAUUUUUCAUAAAAUAAAAUACCUUAAUAACCUUAAAUUAUUACAUAAACUACUCCUACAAGAAGUAAAUCAAUGAAAAAUAGAAAGUAUAAUGAUUCAAUAGAUUUCAAUUCUAAUCUUAAUAAUAGUUCCACAAUGUAAAAAUUAUUGACUACAUAUUUGAAUCCAAAAAGACCUACAAAUUAUAAUUUCAAAAAAAUAGCUAUUAGAAACAAAACUAAUAUGGAUAAGACUUUCAUAAAAAAGCAUAUUGCAUCAAUACACAAUAUAGAUGCUGCUAGUGUGAUCUCCCUCUUAAAAUGA